CUUUCCUGUAUUUAUUCUCCGCCGGCUCCCAAAAUCCUCCACUGCCCGUCCUUCCUCUCCCGCCCUCCUCCCUCUCCCCUCAACCCCAUUGCCGCUGUGCAUCGCCUCCCUCCGGCCCGCACGCGCCGCGCACACAUAAUGCUGGCCCCCUGCGCAGCGCAUUCUUCGCAGCCAUGGCAUCUGACAUGGCAUCGUCGGCCGCACGGCUCGCUGGCAGCGCUUCGCAAAGCCUUGCCCAGACCCUCGAGUCGCCGACCAGCGCGCUUGCCGGCCCGAUGAGCUCGGAAACGGGCGUGGUGACUGCUGCUCAGGGCGCGUCAGGACUUCUUGGCUGGUUCGGCUUCCUUGGCUGGCUGUUGCUAUCCAUCAUCAACCUCAUCUCCACGAUCCUUUACUGGGUCAUCCGCAUUGCCACGAUCAAUCUGCCAAUGAUUCUUUACGCCCUGUUCUCUACGAGCUGGACGGUGACCAUGAACGCCACGACGCUGUAUGUCUUCACCGUUACACACACUUGAAGUACUCGCGCUCACAGGCCGCCUAGGAUGCUCAUCGUCGUGGGCAUCGUCUCCGCCGUGAGCUGGGUCGUGCGCUACCGCAUCCUCAACAUGUACUCGCGCCUCCCGCCCGAGCCCCAGCGCAAGGAACCCGAGAUCGACCUUUUUCCUGAUACCCACGAGGAGGGUAUCAAGUCCGGUCUCUCGAGCUACCUAGACGAGUUCCUCAGUGCCAUCAAGAUCUUUGGCUACCUUGAGAGGCCCGUUUUCCACGAGCUUACCCGGAGCAUGCAGACUCGGAAGCUAAUUGCCGGGGAGACAAUCAAUCUCGAGGAAGAAAAGGGCUUCUGCAUUGUCGUAGAUGGCCUCGUCCAGAUCUUCGUCAAGUCUGGCCGUGACCCGCGAGCUCCCUUCCGCAGCCACCGCCAUCCGUAUACGCACUCGUCCGAUGAUGAGGAGCAUGUCCCCAAUCAGCAGCGCUACCAGCUUUUGACCGAGGUUCGCAACGGAGCGCCCAUGUCGUCACUGUUUUCCAUCAUGUCCCUGUUCACGGAAGACGUGAAUCUUCAACAUGGCGAGGACGAUUCACCACGACGAGGAUCCUCAUCUCAACGUCCCCGCCACGACGUUGCGCCGAGAGAGGCGCCGGCGGCGGCUCGAGCUCCUCUGGUACCCGUGUCCAUGCCGAAUACGCCGCAUCUGGACGCGAGUGCUGGCCACCCGAGCAUCAGGCCCGGAGAUGCGGCUCAGCUCCAAGCCGGUUUCAAUGGGCCCACGGCCAGGAUCCCGCCAAUGUCUCUCGACUCGUCAGGCCUUUCGGCGCAGCAGGCAGCAAGAAGACCCGGCCCGCCGCGCAGGAUGACCUCCAGUUCUGCACACCCGGACAUCAUCGCUCGCGCCACAGUUGACACAACCAUUGCCAUCAUUCCAGCCAGCGCGUUUCGUCGUCUCAUCCGCAUCUAUCCCAAGGCUACGGCACACAUUGUACACGUCAUUCUCUCUCGCUUCCAAAGAGUUACGCUGUCGCACGCGUUCAACUAUCUGGGCCUCACCAGCGAGGUCUUGCAGACCGAAAAGUGCAUGAUCAAAUACACCGUUUGUCAGCUCCCCAACAUGCUACGUGGAGAUCCUUUGAUGCGGCUCAAGGAGAAAUUCAAUCGCGAGCGUGAGAAGAACACGGGCGACCAAGAGACCAAGGGCAUUGCGCUGCACAACGCCGGCGCCGCACGUCGACGCCGCUCCAGCAGCACUACCUUGCGAAAAGAGGCCGCGCUUCUGUCCAUGGCCAAGCAGCGGCCGACUUCAAUGUCUGACAGCCCGCUUUCGCCCACUCACGAGCAUGCAUCUCAGCACCGACCAAACCCGGGCGACUUGGCGAAUUCCCACCUUGCACGGCCCGUCGGUCGUACGGCCACUGCCGGAGCGGCCCUGCUUUCGUCGCUAGAGACGGCAAGGAAGGAUUCUCAGAGCCCCCUGGACCAGAGGUCGUUCAACCCAUUUGAUUCCCAGAGGCAUGCACGGAUCUCCAUGGACCCUCGUGAGUCAGUGGACGAGGAUAAUAUCUUUAGAACCUCCAUUCUUGAGUCUAUGUUCAAGUCCCUGGGCCUAGAUGGUGGUGGUACGCCUUCAGGAGAGCCCGAACCCGUCGAGGGAUCCCCUCGACUGGCUACCGUGGACCAAAGACGACAUCGCCCAUUUCACGCGAACAACGCGUUCGGUUUCAUGGGGCCGUUCGACGGCUCGGCCGACGGUGAAACCGAGUCCUUGACCUCUGGCGGUAUGACGAUCCAUACUCCGCCAAACGCUCAGAUCCUCUCUCAUGAGAUGAGAGAUGAAGUGGAAAUCGUCUUCUUCCCAAAAGGGUCCGUCCUCGUGGAACAGGGCGAGCGUAACCCCGGAUUGUACUACGUGAUUGACGGGUUCUUGGACAUUGGCACAAGCACCACCGGCACCCAGGGGUCCCAGAACAUCUUCCAGACGUCCAGCUCCGAUCCAGUUGGAUCUCAGUCCUUCGCCUCAGCCAUACAGAACAAUGAAAGCGAGGGCGCUGAACGCUGGCCAGACUCGCAAAAGACGUCGCCCAGCCGCCGAACCGUCGCACUGGUGAAGCCUGGCGGCCUGGCCGGCUACAUCGGCAGCGUAUCUUCAUACCGCUCCUUCAUUGACGUCGUUGCCAAGACUGACGUCUACGUUGGAUUUUUGCCGCGCGCAUCGCUGGAGAGAAUUGUCGACCGAUAUCCCAUCGUUCUUCUCACCAUGGCAAAACGGUUGACCAACAUUCUGCCGCGGCUCAUACUGCACAUUGACUUCGCUCUGGAAUGGGUCCAAGUCAAUGCAGGCCAAGUCAUUUACCACAAUGGCGACGAAAGCGAGGCCAUAUACGUUGUCCUGAACGGCCGCCUGCGACUCGUGGAAGACAGGAAAGACGGCGGAAUGGCUGCUUUGGCGGAGUACGGCCAAGGCGAGAGCGUCGGCGAGCUAGAGGUUCUUACUGAGACCGCUCGCACGGGGACUUUACAUGCUAUUCGCGACACAGAGCUUGUCAAGUUCCCGCGAACGUUGUUCAACAGCCUGGCCCAGGAGCAUCCCAACAUCACGAUCAAGAUCUCCAAGAUCAUUGCGUCAAGAAUGAGGGCGGUAGUGGAUGACCCAACCAAUAACGGUGGCAAGGCUGCAGGCUCCGGUGCCGUGAACAACCAAAGGAAGUCGACGAUGAAUUUGCGCACCGUCGCCAUUCUCCCGGUCACCGCUGGCGUGCCUGUUGUUGAGUUUGGAAACCGCUUGAUGAACGCCCUGGCACAAGUCGGUCCUCCAAAUGGUGCCACGUCGUUGAAUCAGGCUGCUAUCCUCAAUCACUUGGGUAAACAUGCUUUCAACAAGAUGGGCAAGCUCAGAUUGUCGCAAUAUCUGGCGGACUUGGAGGAGAAGUAUUCGCUUGUCGUCUACGUCGCAGACACCAAUGUUAAUUCGCCGUGGACACAAACAUGCAUCACUCAAGCCGACAGCAUUUUGCUAGUAGGAGUAGCAGAAGGUUCCCCCGAAAUCGGAGAAUACGAGCGAUUCAUGCUCGGAAUGAAGUCGACGGCUCGCAAGAUGCUUGUCCUCCUCCACACUGAACGGUUCUCUAGGUCAGGCCUGACGAGGUCCUGGCUUAGAAAUCGCAUGUGGAUCAAUGGAGGGCACUAUCAUAUUCAGAUGCCCUUUAACACGACUGCGUUGCCGGUCCAUCCGCCUUCCAAGAAGCUAGGUCAAGCUCUCAAGGAAAGGGUGCAAGUCUUGCAAGCCGAGAUUCAGAAGUACACCUCUAGGAAGGUUCACCAUACGCCUUACUACUCGCCAGACAGCCCGUACAAGAGUGACUUCCACCGGCUCGCGCGGAGGUUAUGUGGCAAGUCCAUCGGGCUUGUGCUUGGCGGAGGUGGUGCGCGCGGCAUGAGCCAGAUUGGCAUCAUACGUGCUCUGGAGGAGGCCGGCAUCCCAAUUGACCUGAUCGGAGGCACCUCGAUUGGUGCCUUUGUCGGUGCGCUGUACGCGCGUCACGCUGAUGUUGUGCCCAUGUUUGGCUUUGCGAAGAAGUUUGCAGGCCGCAUGGCCAGCUUGUGGCGGUUCGCGCUAGACCUGACGUAUCCGUCAGCUUCAUACACCACUGGGCACGAGUUCAACCGCGGCAUUUUUAAGACGUUUGGCAACACGCAGAUUGAAGACUUCUGGCUGGAGUAUUAUUGCAACACGACCAACAUCAGCAAGAGCCGAGCAGAGUUUCAUACAAGCGGCUAUGCAUGGCGAUACAUCAGGGCGUCCAUGUCCUUGGCUGGCCUGCUUCCCCCGCUCUGUGACGAAGGCAGCAUGCUUUUGGAUGGCGGCUACGUGGACAAUUUGACGGUGUCCCACAUGAGGGGCCUCGGCGUGGAGACAAUUUUCGCCAUUGACGUCGGCGCUUUGGACGACGACACGCCACAGAGUUAUGGCGACUCUUUGUCGGGAAUGUGGGCGUUCUUUAAUCGAUGGAACCCAUUCUCGUCGCAUCCCAACCCACCAACGCUGGCAGAGAUCCAAGGCCGCCUAGCAUAUGUGUCAAGCGUGGACGCGCUAGAGCGGGCCAAGACCAUGUCCGGGUGCAUCUACAUGCGCCCGCCGGUGGAUGACUACGGGACACUCGACUUCCACAAGUACGAUGAGCUGUACCAGAUGGGCUACAGGUUUGGGAAAGAAUUCCUGCAGAAACUGCGGGAUGAAGGCGCGCUUCCGCUGGUGGAGGAACCAGGGACGAAGGGGUCGAUGCGAAGAACCAAGGCACCGAGGCGUGCGAGUAUCUAGACAGUCGGGCCUAGACGGUCGUGCGAGAAUCAGAGCAAGCGUCUGCUGCUUUUGAGCCAGAUUGAUGCAUCACUUUGAUAGAAUGACGCGCCUUAUGCAGCCACGAGGUUACGAAUACAGAUGCCCCUGAUG